GCCGCGUUCUCCACGUCCUCGGCCGCCCACUUCACGUCACUCGGCAACAUACAUGCGGCAACUCUUAAUCUGUGGACUUGUACUGCAGUAAUAUCUACGACAUGGCUGAGCAGAACUUUUCCGGUGCGCUCGCUACCUGGAAAGAGAUCAGUCUUUCUGAACUCCAGAAAACCCUGGAUGCCCAGGGCAUCGAGCUUGUUGAGAACCAGAAGGAGAGUGUGGUCGGCCGUAAGGCGCUAGCGGACCGAACCAAGGAGUUCAAGAAGAUACCAGAUGAGGAGAAAUUGAACGCCUUCAAAGGAUUGCUCAAAGCCUACCAGACCGAGAUUGAUAGCCUCACGAAGCGGUCAAAGACAGCAGAGAAUGCUUUCUUGAGCGUGUACAAAGUUCUCGCCGAGGCGCCAGAUCCCUAUCCGCUCCUCGAGGCCGCAGUGGACCAAACGGUCAAGGUUGCAGAGGCUCGUGAGCUGGAGAUAGAACUUCAGCGGGUGAAGGAAGAGAACGCAGAACUCAAGAGGCGUCUGAACGAGACAUCGUCGCUUGAAUCUGCUAAGAGGAAGGCUGAAACUAGAGCAGAGCAGCUGGAACAGCGGAUGGAGGAGAUGAUCCAGGAGAAGGUGACUCAGAAAGAGAACGAACUCAAUGCGACUUAUGACGAGAAGAUUCGCAACUACGAAGAACGGGAGCAAGAUCUCCAGCGUCAGGUUGCUCUUGCCAAGAGUCAGCUUCGCGAGCUCCGGAUGUCGCAUGAAUCCAAUCAGGCGAAGCUAUUGGACCACACUCAACGACAAGACCAAGAGGUUGUCGCUAAACUCGCAGAGCUGGACAUGAUGGUUGCAGAUCUUGAACGGGCGAAUAGCCGUGUCGUCACUGUCGAGCGCAGGAACGAGCUUCUUCGGGCGGAAAUUGAAGCUAUCAAAAGCGGCAAUGAGAGUUCAGACAGGCUUAAAGAACUACAGGCUAAUGUUACCGAGCUCGAAUCCGAGACGGACAGGCUAUCGCAUGCUCUAGAAGCCCAGAAGGCUGCAGCUUUCGAGGCCCAGGCGAAGGCAAUGAAGCAGGUCGAGGAAGUUUCGAGGGAACUUCAAAAGAAGGCUUCAGAGAUUGAUCAGCUGCGGCAGAAGCUGAAGCAGUACUCGGACUAUGACGAGAUCAAGCGUGAGCUCGAGAUCAUGAAGUACGUGGAAUUCGCAGGCCUGGACGAAGACGACGAUACAGAAACGCUCGUGAGCGAAGGUGGCUCUGGUGAUGCUCUUGGCUUGCAUUUACCUAGCCCGAACGCGGACAAGGCGAAUGCACAGAAUGGAAAGUCACUCGAAGUCCUCCUUGCUAUCAAAAACAAAAAAAUCCUCGAGGAGCUUACCAAGUUCCGGAUCCUGCAUGGGGAGCUGGAGGCGCAGCUGUUGUCAGUACAGGGCGAGUUGGCCAAUGCUGAGGCCGACCUCGAGAGGCAGCAUAUGCUGAAUGAAAAGCUCGAGAAUGACCUAUUGCAGAUCCAGACACACGACCGCGCGUCAAAGACCGUUAUCGGCGAUAAUACAUCGGCUACAGACGAUGUUCUGGCCGGAUUGGACUUGGGCAAGAAAUCUGGUCCUUCUCCUGCUAGGAGUAGCCCGGUUCCUUUCACGCCCUCAGCAGAUACCUCCAUUCUACCAAUCGUGACCGGUCAACGAGACCGUUUCCGGCAACGAAAUGCUGAGUUAGAGGAAGAACUACGGAAGCAAUUCAACAUCAUCUCCGAGCUCCGCGCGGAGGUAAAAAGUCUGCAGCAGGACAAUCUCAAGCUAUACGAGAAGGUGCGCUAUAUGCAGAGUUACCGCGAGGACGCUGCGCACCGGUCGUCGACUCUGGAUCCCAUCCCUUCGAAUACCUCUGGCCGCUCGGAUGAUAUGAGCAAGUACCGCACACGAUAUGAAGAAGCGAUGAAUCCCUUCCAAGCGUUCCGCGGCCGAGAAGCUACGAGGGCAUACGAGUCACUGAAUGUCCUUGAGCGCGGCGUGCUUGUACUCACGCGCGCGAUCCUAGGGAAUCGGCGGACACGGACUGCAUUCAUCGUGUAUGCCAUCUUCCUUCACAUACUGGUCAUGUUCACCACAUACGAGUGCACGGCCUCUUCCGGCUCGGCGCUGCAGAAGCAGCCGAGCCCGUACGGCUAGGUAGUUACGAUGUGACAUUAUUCAUUCGUACAAUACAUUACAUGGACUAUGGACGGCAAAUGUAUGUGCGACGCCGAAGCGCGGCGCGGAGUACAGUGAGUGUUAGCGUGGAGGUGGGGGCUUGGUGUUCUUGAGCCGCCAGAACGUCAUUGCCUUCUCUACAGCAUCUAGGACAGGUUCCAUGGCAGUAUGUAUUUUGCCAGGGUCCACGCCGAGCGAGUGUGCGCCCUGCUUCAGCGCUUCUACCUUUUCGUGCGUCCGCUCAAGGUACCCAAUCAUCUUCGCUGCCUUCGCCGCCUUUUGUGCAGGGUUUAAUGCGGAUGCAGUAGGCAAGUCAGUAGGUGGUGGAUAUAUCGCGAACCAGAACUGCCGCAAGAACUCAUUCGCGGCUGUCUGUGUCGCAGUCAUCUGGUGGUAGAGAUUUUCAGGUAUAUCGUCUUUGCGCAUCUUGAUUUCGAGGCGUGCAGCAACGUUUUGCGUCAUCUCCUUGAGGGCUGCGUCGCCUGCCUUGCGAUCAAUCUUGAGCUGACUGAGGUCUGCAGACCAUCCUUGCAAAUUAGCUUUCGCCUCUUGUAUAGCUGCUUUAACCGAGAUGGGAACAGCACUCUCGUUCGUUUGAUUCGACCGUCCCUCAAAAUAUCGCUGGCUGUCUAGGUUACUGAGCGUGAUACCAGCUGAUGACUGAUUAUCGUGAAGGUCUUCAAGGUCCAGUUGUGAGUAUCGCUCUUCCACACUGCCCUCUAUUCGUCUGCGCUUAUUCGGGGUAUCACCAAGGACAGAGUCAAGAAGUCGGCCAGAAUGCUCAUUAAAUUUCCUGAUUAGUGGCAAGACAGCUCGCUGCUUCCCCGCUUGCAUCGUGAUGUCUUUUUCAUUUCCCGUCUCGCCAUGGUCCUCCUGGGUAGCGUCGAGAUCAAUGAAGAUAUCCACUCUGUCCUCGCGCAAUCGGCGUGGCUCCAGCUCAUCGUCCUCUUUCUCCAAGUACUUGUCGAAGAUCGGGUCAUCCUUCACAACAUGCUGUGCUGCCGCAGAACGGAUCGAUGCCCUAUGCGAGUUGAAAAGCUUCGACUGGAAGUAACGAUGCCAGAAUUCAGGCUCUGACAUCUUUUUGUCUAUAUUCUCUUCAAAUGCCUUCUUGACCACGGGAUAUUCAUCGAAGAUAUCAACCUUGAGUUGAGGAGUAAUCACAAUCUUGAUCUCUCCGUCGACUGUCUGAGGCCGCGGAUCCACCAAUUGACCAGGUUUGCCUUUACGUUGAGACUCCUGGGCUUUCUGAGCUAACAAGAUGUGCUGUCUGCCCUCCCAGAACUCGUCUUCGGUGAUCUGACGACUCAUAACAAGCUCGCGAUGGAGAGCGGCGAGCUCAGGGUUGCUCAGAAGGACUCGGAUGCGAAGCUGGUAGUCGGCAGAGGGGUCAGACGUUGGUGUUCCUGGCGGCCUAGUAUCGCUUGCCACCGACGCUGCGCGGGAAGUGGAAGGACGUGAUAACAGUGCCGAAGGUCUUGGACUCGGUACAUUACUAGGCGGCUGCGCAGACACGGGAGUGACGGGAGGUGGUACGGAGCCAGACGUGCUCACUCCUCUCCUGUUCUGGCCGAUGAUGUUCGUAAGAUCGGUCUUGAACCUCUCUCGCUCGGUGAGCGCAAUCGUUUGCGGCGCGAGGAACGUAAAGUUAUGUCCGGCUUCAUCAGAGACGAGCCCGAGCUUGAGCCUAACUUGAGCUGCUCCCUCUUUGCUACAGAAGAGGGAUGCAGCUUCAGCGUGUGGUAUUUUUAUUGACGGUGCUUUCUUUCCGUCUUGGGUCCAUUGC